CCUUACAGAUCCUUCAGUUCAUCACCUUCGAGGAGUAGCGUCCAACUUGCCUAUCAAACAUGGCCGGUUGGAGAUGGCCCUGCGGCCAUCGACGAGAGGCGAAGCCCUUUAAUUUUUUUGCAUGGGCUGUUUGGCUCCAAGCAGAAUAACAGGAGUAUCAAGCUCUGGCGAGUUAUCUGAAGACUCGCAUCUAUACGCUUGAUCUUCGAAAUCAUGGCGACUCUCCACAUCACCCAGAGCACAACUAUACCGCAAUGGCGGAUGACGUCGAAGAAUUUAUACAUAACAUGAAGCUCGAAAAGCCUACCCUAAUUGGCCAUUCGAUGGGUGCGAAAACCGCAAUGACCGUCGCAUUGCGGUGUCCCAAGCUCGUAUCAUCAGUUGUCGCAGUGGACAACGCGCCCAUUUCCGCAACCUUAGGCAACCAAUUCGCGAAAUACGUAAAAGGCAUGCAGGAAAUUGAGAGAGCUAAUUUCACGAAGCAAAGUGAUGCGGAUCGUAUCCUCCAGCAAUAUGAGGAGUCCCUCACGAUCCGCCAAUUCCUCCUCACCAACCUUAUUCGAUCCAAGGAAGACAAUACGCUAAAGUUCCGUGUCCCAGUACAACUUCUUGGCCAAUCUUUGGAUGAGCUCGCAGGUUUCCCCUUCAACACGUCUAACAACAUCAAAUUUGAAGGUCCGUCGCUUUUUAUAAGAGGCACAAGGAGCCACUAUGUGCAAGAUCAAACUUUGCCUAUUAUUGCACACUUUUUUCCCAAUUAUCGGCUUGUAGACAUUGAUGCUGGACACUGGGUGAUUUCAGAGAAUCCUGAAGCGUUCAAAAACGCUGUUACGGAGUUCCUUCAGUAA